AUGUCUACCGAUACUGGCAAAGCUAUUAGCUUAGUCGAUAAUGCUACGCCCGCCCCUCUGGAGCAGGACCUAACUCGCGCAGAGACCUCGCUAGCUCGUUUCCUACUCACAAAACCCUUGACUAAAGGCUCUGUCAGGAACGAGCUCCAGAGGAGGAAAUAUAGCAAAUGGCAGCCCGAAAGACUCGGCGCCUCAGAUACAGAAGCUAGCAGCCGAAACGUAUCUCGGACGACAACAAGAAAUACAGUUGACCGAGACACUGAUGUCAACCUAUUCAAUAUCGCACCAGGGCAGUUGCAAGCGACGGAGAGUGUGAAAGCGGAGGAGAAUGCCGCGUCUAAUUCGGAGCUGGAGAUCCUCUAUGAGAACCAGCGAGGAUGGUUCUUUUUUGGGGUACCUUUCUACUCGCAUCGCUCUCUUCUUCAAUUCGACCCCCCUGCGUGGGUGAAUAAGGAUUACCACGACAGUCCCGUGAAUAUCACAAAUGCUCAACUUCCCGAUCCCAGCUGGGAGUGGGCCUGGCAGUCGUGGUAUGUGGACAUGUCUGAUGACGUUGAUGAAGAAGGGUGGCAGUAUUCUUUCUCGUUUGUGCCGAAAUGCGGCUGGCACGGUACCCAUCCAUGGUUUCAUUCGUACGUUCGUAGGAGACGUUGGGUAAGACUGAGGGUCAAGAAGAAAAGUGCACGGCUGAGAGAUGGAACGGAGCAAACGGACUUUCACCGGGCCCAUAUGCUGAACGAAGACUACUUCACGAUUCAUCCUCCAAAUGUCAGCGGUGCAGAGCCAAGUAUUGCACCUGCUAAUGUUCCUUCUUCGGCAUACCUAAGGCGAGAUACGGAUGCUUCACCGGAGAGGCCUGUGGAAGAGAAUGUUGAAAAUAUACCGACAUUAUUCCAAGCUCUUAAGAACGCUAUUGUGGAUCGUGAAAAGAUAGACACGCUGAGAAAAUUCAUAGCUCAAGGUGGAGAGGAGAUCUACUAUCUACCUGAAAGGGUUCCUGAAAUUUUAGCAUUAUUUGUCUUCCAAACGUCACGAUGGCAGUUUCUGAAGAUCCUGCAGGAUGCACUGAACGAUACAAAUGGGACUCCAUCCAAUGCAGACAAAAAGGAAGACGACGCCAGGCAACGAAAGCGGAAUAACAUAUUGAGAGCUAUUGAGGCUGUGAAUCGAGAGGUCUCUAACUACGAAGUCUUCGAUAUUUCCAAGGACGAUGAUAAUGGGCUUCAAGAUUCUCGAAUGCAUCAGGCUUUAAACGCCCGUGAAUCAUCACGCGGCAAAGGCAAAGGCAUGUUGUUUAGUGAGAUCAAAGGCAUUCCUAAGGGAGCUGCUAUUGGAAAGGAGGGCCAUAUAUAUUAG